GAUCUCUCAUAUCAAAAUCUGCAACUCUCUCUUUCAUCCUCCCGUAAUUUGAAACUAGCAGGCUUUCUUGGUGACUGGUCUCACUCUCAGUUUCUGGUUCGAAUUUCUCUUUGUUUGUUCCCAUCCUUUACAUGCAAAAGAAAGGGGAAAAAAAAUAAACAAACAUGGCUCAGAAUAAUAGGGCAGAAAUUGGAGGGUUUAACUAUUCAAGGACUGGAAGUAUGGGACGCCAUGGACUGCCGAAAAUCCAAACCCAGCAUGAGAAGUCCUCGGCCGAGGUUUGCCACGACGACAGCACAACGCCGGUGAAGGCCAAGACGAUCGACGAGCUCCACUCUCUUCAGAAGAAGAAGUCGCAACCCACCACCCCCAUCACCGGAUCGCAGGGGGCUUUUACCCCCACCAUGUCUGAAGAGGAUCGCCACAGGCAGCAGCUCCAGUCCAUCAGUGCCUCAUUGGCGUCACUGACGAGGGAGACGGGGCCGAAGGUGGUGAAGGGGGACCCGAAGUCAGAUGGGCAGAAGGCGACGCAUGUUGAACAUCAUCUUUACGACGCUUCUCUCUUUGGCGUCAGUGAUAGUGCCCUCAAGUUUACCCAUAUCCUUUACAAUCUCUCUCCUGCUGAACUAUAUGAGCAAGCUAUAAAGUAUGAGAAAGGUUCGUUUAUAACGGCAUCGGGUGCGUUGGCCACUUUAUCUGGGGCAAAAACUGGGCGUUCUCCAAGAGACAAACGAGUUGUCAAAGAUGAAGAAACUGAAAACGAGCUUUGGUGGGGAAAGGGCUCACCCAACAUUGAAAUGGACGAGCAUACUUUCUUAGUGAACAGAGAAAGAGCUGUAGAUUACUUGAAUUCCUUGGACAAGGUUUUUGUGAAUGAUCAGUUUCUUAACUGGGAUCCAGAACACCGAAUCAAAGUUCGGAUUGUAUCUGCGAGAGCUUACCACUCCCUCUUUAUGCAUAACAUGUGCAUCCGCCCUACUCCUGAAGAGCUGGAGGAUUUCAGUACUCCAGACUUCACAAUAUACAACGCCGGGCAGUUUCCAUGUAACCGUUUCACUCACCACAUGACGUCCUCUACAAGCGUAGACCUCAAUCUUUCUAGGAGGGAAAUGGUCAUCCUUGGCACCCAGUAUGCUGGAGAAAUGAAGAAAGGCCUGUUCAGUGUCAUGCACUAUCUCAUGCCUAAGCGUCAAAUCCUCUCCCUCCACUCUGGGUGCAAUAUGGGGAAAGGCGGCGAUGUUGCCCUUUUCUUUGGCUUAUCUGGCACUGGGAAGACGACUCUGUCUACAGACCAUAAUCGGUAUCUAAUUGGAGAUGAUGAGCACUGCUGGAGCAACAAUGGUGUGUCAAACAUUGAAGGUGGUUGCUAUGCCAAGUGCAUUGAUUUGUCAAAGGACAAGGAACCAGAUAUUUGGAACGCUAUCAAAUUCGGGACUGUUUUGGAGAAUGUUGUGUUUGAUGAGUAUAAUCGAGAAGUUGAUUACUCAGAGAAAUCUGUUACUGAAAACACCCGGGCAGCAUAUCCAAUAGAGUAUAUACCGAAUGCUAAAAUACCGUGUGUUGGCCCCCAUCCGAAAAAUGUCAUCCUCCUGGCAUGUGAUGCAUUUGGUGUGCUUCCACCAGUGAGCAAGCUGAGCUUGGCUCAAACUAUGUACCAUUUCAUCAGCGGUUACACUGCUUUGGUGGCUGGAACAGAAGAUGGUAUUAAGGAGCCACAAGCUACAUUCUCAGCAUGUUUCGGUGCAGCGUUUAUUAUGAUGCAUCCGACAAGGUAUGCAGCAAUGUUGGCUGAAAAGAUGCAGAAGCACGGAGCCACAGGGUGGCUUGUUAACACAGGGUGGUCUGCAGGAAGGUAUGGAACAGGUAACCGUAUCAAAUUAGCCUAUACCAGGAAGAUUAUCGAUGCGAUCCACUCGGGGGACCUUCUGAAUGCAACCUACACAAAGACUGAAGUUUUCGGUCUUGAGAUUCCUACAGAGAUUGAGGGUGUACCUUCAGAAAUUCUGGACCCAAUAAACACCUGGUCAGACAAGAAAGCCUACAAAGACACACUACUUCAUCUGGGUGGUCUGUUCAAGAAGAACUUCGAGGUGUUCAUGAAUCACAAGAUCGGAAAGGACAACAAGCUGACCGGGGAAAUUCUUGCAGCGGGACCAAAUUUUUGAUCCGGCAGCUGUGUGAUUGAUGAAAUGAAAUGAAAUAAUGAACAUUUAUACGUAUAUCUAUCCAUGUCAUGUGAACCGAUCAAUUAACUCACUACCUUGUGUAAAGAAAGUGUCAUUCAGUUUUCAUUUUUCUUGGUUGUGUUCCCCGAUUACUCUAUGCAACCUUCUAAACCUUGUGUAAAGAAAGCAUGUAAUUGUUAGCUUUAUGGAUUGUGGAAGAUGAGUUUGGUUUGAGAA